AUGGAUGACUUCAGGCCGGAUGACACAACUCAAAUAGAGGAAGUCAGCGAAUCCAAUGCAGCCCUGCUGCAGCUUCAGGACGCGUUUGUGAGCGCGCUAACGGCGUCUGGGACACUUGGAAAGAUACGGGCCCAACUGCGCGCCACUGCCCUGGCGUUGAUUCGCGGUGACGAUGAGCUUCAAAACGCCGCUGUUGGUCCUUUCAUACGGCCGCUGACACUUACCACCCAUGCCAAGGUAAGCCUGCUGCUGCUCUACGACUUUCUUCAGCACUACCAUCUCCAGCAGACUGCUGGUGUGUUUGACGUGGAGAGCGGUGUGCAUCUUCUCUUCAAUGAGCGCUCCGUCCUUCUCGGUGAUUUGGCCCGACUGCCGGGCGACGGCCCCCUGCUGGAGCGACUAGUUCGGUUGCACGAACCGGGGAGACAGAUUCCGGGCGCCGGCCCAUCGAAUGCCACUGUCGUGCCAACUACGUCGCAGGCAACGGCCAGUAUUCCGACGGCAAAACCACCGGCUUCUCCCGUCGCUUCCGCGUCCAGCUCCGCCUCAGAGGAGCACACUGCCACUAUGGCAUCACCGCAAGAUGCGGAUGUGCAAUACGAACUGGACAGGUACGAGGACUCCAUUCCCUUUUCCGACACUGAAGGCACCAUCGAUGGAAACGUCCACUGCGACGAAGUGGACCGUCUCCCGCAGUAA